GUAGCCAAAGGGAGAGACUUUGCGCGGUGAUCGCAACGAGGGCGAGGGGAAGCGAGGUGGGUUCAGGGAUGAAGGGGAAGCGAGCGAAGGAGGAGGAGGUGAUGGAAGGUAUAGCAUCCAUCGCCUUGUUGCCUUGCGGAUCGAUCUCCGGCCAUUUCAUCCGGCUCCCGGACUCCAUCUGCUACGGCCUUCAUGGCACUGAAUUAUCUUGUGAGAGGGAAUGCAGCAGAGGAGAAGAUUACCGCUUUAUUAAGCUCUCAAUCAUUGAUUAUGCUAGCAAAAGAGACCGAGUGGUGAUUGUGGAGUGCAGAGGACAUGAUGCUGCUCGGCUCCAAAAUAUUGAUCAUGCCCAUGGGUGGGAAAAAGAUGUUGUUGAUGUGGUGGAACAGAAGCAUGGAAAACAGAAGAUUUCAAUCUCUUUCGAGUGUGAGACACUGAAGGCAGAAAAUGCUGCUGAAGAACACAUCAAGAAGUACAUGCCUAAUUUAGCUGGACUUGAUGCUGUUGGUAGUAAAUGUCGGUCCAAUGAUUAUUUCUGGUCUUGAGUUUGAAGGGGAUGAUGAUGAAUCCGAUGGCAAGGAUUAAGAAUGGAGACCUCUAUGAUGUGCAAUAUGAAGGAAUUUUGUGUACCAUGUAGCCUGUUGUAUAAAUUAGCUGUGUUUCUCUUUUUUUUCUUUGGAACUGAUUUCACUCAGGUGAAUUCCCUGCCAUGUUUUCAAUAUGCAACACAAUGCUUUAACACAGUUGAUGCUGCUAAAUACUAAAGCAAGCAUUUUGCUUUAUUCACUGAACAAGUCCCAGAUGUCACUGGCUAUUAGUGACAUUCUUGUCUUUUGUGCAAUCCGUGCUUCCAACUAUGUACAACCAAGUGAGAAGCUGCA